AGGAGUUCCGGCCCGACAUCCACCGGCUUUUCGUUGACGUGACCCUGUUCUUCGUCUUGCAGGACGGGCUGCGCAUCCUGCACGUGCUGUACCCGUCGAUCCGCGCGCUGUGGAGCCUGGGCUGCUCGAGGGAGGAGAGCAGACCGCGGGGGCACAAGCGCACCGCCAUCAUCUCUGGCGUGCGUGGGCUCUGCGAGGCAGCCGUUGGCCAGCCCGACGACGCGUCGGCGGGAGGCACCGGCAGGAUAGGCCUGCUGACGGAGCAGACGGAGGGUCCCGUGGAGAAGGACGCGGAGUCCAUUGUCGCGUACUGCCUCCUGGGAGGCAUCACCGUCGGCGGGGCGGGCUCCCAGCAGGCGCAGACGCUGAGGCUCACCUGCAAGCUGGCCAGGCCUGGUGCCCCCGCGGACGACGCGUGGGCGCCCGACGGCCAGGGUGUACAUUCGAGGCUCAGACGCUGCGGUGGUGCCGACGCCGAGGUAGAGAACUCAGGCGGCGACCCGCG